AUGGCUGCCCUCCCCUCCUCGCAGGCCUCUGCCACAACCUCCAUUUCCGACCUGGCCAAGCCUCCUCUACCACCCACGGCGGAGAAUGAAAAGGAAAAGGGACAAGAAGAAGUCGGCGUCGAUCGCCGCGCCUCGUCCGGCCAAUCCGUGUGCAUUGAAAAAGACGCCGAGUUGGAGCGGGAACUCUCGCGCAUCGACACUUCCGACUACCCGUCGGCGUUUCCGCUGGCCAUGAUCGUGGUCGCUCUGGCCGCCAGUAUCUUCCUGGUGGCCUUGGAUAUGACCAUUGUGGCUACAGCGAUCCCGCGCAUCACGGAUCAAUUCCAUUCUCUCGACCAAGUCGGGUGGUACGGCAGCGCGUUCUUCCUGACGCUCGGCUCGUUCCAAGCCACAUGGGGCAAAGUGUACAAGUACUUCCCUCUGAAGAUCGGCUAUCUGAUGAGCAUCUUCAUCUUCGAGGUCGGCUCUUUGAUCUGUGCCGUGGCCAACAGCUCGACCACGCUGAUCGUGGGCCGGGCCAUCGCCGGAAUGGGCGGCGCGGGCAUCGCGUCCGGGUCGUACACCAUCAUCGCAUUCUCGGCGCCGCCGAAACAUCGUCCGGCAUUCACCGGGGUCAUGGGUGGGGUCUUUGGUAUUGCUUCAGUGAUCGGCCCGCUGCUCGGCGGCGUCUUCACCGACAACCUGACCUGGCGAUGGUGCUUCUACAUCAACCUGCCGAUCGGCGGCGUCGCGGCCGGCAUCAUCGUUCUGUUCUUCCACACUCCCAAAGCCGCGCGGCCGCAAGUGGCUCCGCUCAAGGAGAAACUGCUCCAGAUGGACUUCCCCGGCACCUUCACCCUCAUGGCCGGGAUCAUCUGCUACCUGCUCGCCAUGCAAUGGGGAGGCGCGACCAAGCCGUGGUCGGACGGAUCGGUGAUCGCCGUGCUCGUGCUAUUCGGCGUGCUGGUCAUCGUGUUUGUGGUGAUUGAGUAUUUCCAGGGCGACCGGGCUCUGCUGCAAGGCCGACUUGUGAAAGACCGCACCAUCGCGGCCAUGUCGGCGUACAUUUUCAUGGUGGCCGGCUCGUUCUUCGUCCUGCUCUACUACCUGCCCAUCUACUUCCAAGCGACGCGCAAUGUGUCGGCCGCCAAGUCCGGCAUCGACAACCUGCCGCUUGUCCUGGGCGCCUCGCUGCUGACCAUUGCCUCGGGCGGCCUGCUGACCGUCUGGGGCCACUACGUGCCCCUGAUGGCGGUUGGAUCCGUUCUGGCCGCCGUCGGCAGCGGCCUGGUCUACACGCUCGACGUCAACUCGGACAGCAGCAAAUGGAUCGGAUACCAGGCCCUCGUGGGCAUCGGAUUGGGUUUGAUCUUCCAGAUCCCCGUCAUCGUCGGCCAGGCCGUGGUCAAGCCGUCCGACCUCAGCUCCGUGUCGGCCGUGAUCUUGUUCUUCCAGACCAUCGGCGGCGCCAUCUUCAUCUCCGCCGCUCAAGCGGGCUUCACCAACAAAAUGCUCAAGGAGUUGCCCAUCCGCGCUCCCACCGUCAACCCGGCCCUGGUCAUCGCCACUGGCGCCACCGAUCUCAGAAGAGUCUUCACCCCAGAACAGAUCCCGGGCAUCAUGUCCGCCUACAUGCAGGGCCUGCGGGUGCCGUUUGCCAUCUGUCUCGCUUGUGCCUGUGUCACUUUCUUCAUCUCCUUCGCUCCGCGCUGGGAGAGUAUCAAGGGCCGAGUCAAGUUGGAUGGCGGCGCUGCUUGA